AGAUCCCCACAGCCCCAAAGAAUUCCUGGCUACGUACUAUACUAUGUCUACCGCAAUCUCUUACGGCUCAGUUCUAGGAUUGAUUAUCGGGCUUCGCGAGCAAACAACUUCACGAUGGAUGACGCAUUCAUAACAUGACGAGGCGGGUAUGUUCCCGAGCAAACACGCUCGUGAUGGAUUGGAGCUGGCGUGUUGGGUGUGAUGGACAGAUUUUGGGGCUGGGAUGCUAAGCGUCGUAAUCCCACUCGUGGGGGAGUGGAGAUUUAGAAAAUAAACUGUCAAAAGGCAUAUAUGAGCUCUGGUAAGGGCCUCAUUUCCAGGUGACGGUGCUGCCCCACCCGAGAGCGCCCCCGGAUAUGAUAUCAAUCUGAAACCGAGCUCUACAGAUGGUGUCCAAUUCUCUCCCAGCUCCCCCCACGAUGGUUCCACUUCGAGCACAGCUAAUCAAGAAAUGCCGGAGAAAUAAAGCUGAGGAACACGUCAAUCGCUGAGAUGAGGGCAUCAACACGGCCCCUUUUGGAAAAACAAAAACUCCGGGAUGGAUAAAGGCACUACUAUAUCCAUGUGAGGAAUGAGAGGUAUAUCCCUCAAACCUACCAUAACGGUACAAGUACCACCCAGAACAGGGAGACAGUCACCUGAGAAUACUUGGAUACUGUAGAUAGGGGCCACUAGGAGGUAAUAUGAAUGCGGCCAAGAGCCUCGACUGCCGUAUCCCGAAAAGAUGGAUACCUCCAAAUCGACCCUCUAUGCAGAUAGUGCUCGCACUCGUAUCACAAGUGAGUUGGGGAGAAAGAAAAGAAAGAGCCCGCCACACCACCGGAGACAAACCCAACAACCCAAACCGCAAAAACAAUGAACCUAGGGUUCAUUUACUUAAGCAUCUCAUUGAUUAAGUGAUACGAGAUUCUACCUAUUAGACUGGACAUAUACGUCUCCAAAAGCCGGCUUUCCCCCCGUACAGAGUUACGUAUGAUACGUACUCCCUGAAGUUACCCGUAAGUAAAAAAAUCUAGUUGGAACCGUACGCGUAGCAAGUAGGCUAUGCUAACUGGCUGCUAGAUUACAUUAGUGAAAUGAUCAAUAUGCCCGUCAGCACUAUUCGCUGUUUUUUAACUGGGGAACUCAAAACCGCUACGGCAACAUCCUUCUCCCGACCGCGUCCGCAAAAUUCUCAUACCCCUUCCGAGUACUUGGUUACUGGUACUUCUACUCGCACUGGGAACCGCUUCGCUAGCACUUUCUUUCCACUCUUCGGUGGUGGCGGGUUUGUGGUGAAGGUUUUGCAAUGCCUCUAGAGGCACAUCCGAAAACGGUUAUCUGGGGGGCUCUUGCUGUUCUGUUACUUUUAAUAGCUACCGACUGGUAUUGCUCUUGAGGUGAGAGAACUUUUGUGGAAGUGGCUGUGCAUGUUUGUUGCUCAAGGCUACAGAUGGAACUGGGCAGAAGGGUGGAAUAAAUACAAGAAAGUUUCCCCCUAGGGGCACUUUAUUUUGGCUGCUCUACCGCCAUUCCCAAAUCAUGCGGUAUCAUACGAGUACCUGGCUGCCUCCAGCUUGAUAUCAUAUCGCCUAUCAUACGACACAACGGGGAAUAAUGCCAGCAGAUAUACCCCCGGUAGCCAUUUGCGGAGCUGCCGCCAGACCCGUCAGCUACUCGUACGAUACCGGUAUAUGUGACUGGAUGCAUUAUACGUCUUGACGCUAUCGUAUCACUUGCACAGUAUUAGUAUUUUCCCAUCUGUAUCGUGGGGGAAACUCGAACUCCACGCUGGGAAGUGGAAACCCCCCUGGAUAAAGGGGGAUGGCUUUGCAAGGGUCGAUAUGGUACUGUAAUUCGCUAUUGAUAGCAAAAGUAGCCAGGCAGCAACUUCAAGGACAUAAGCGGCGCUCAAAACGAUCUACGGUACUCUAACUUCUAUCGUAUUAUAGCAAGUCCCGAACGGCCAGGCUCCUCAUCUUAUUAUCUCUCGCUAUAUUGGAAAAAUCCGAUGGAGGGGAAAAAAAAGAAGAAGAAAAAGGGACUCGGGCUUCGUUCAACUCGGAAGGUUUCUAUGUUAUUCUCAAUUCCUUACAUGUCUAAGAAGAGUUCCAUAUAGAGUAGUAAUGAUAUAAUGCUCUGCCCA